AUGGAUAAAAAGAAAUCCGCAUUUACUACACCGAAGCAAGCCAAGACAAUAUCUAAAUUCGAUAAAUCUAAAAAAGCUAAAGGCGAUUGUUUAGAUUCUAAGAGCUCAUCGCAUACGCAAUUUUUCGCAAAAGAAGAACAUGGAGAUAAAUUUAAAAAAAUAACCAAAGAUGAAUAUUUCGAUAUAUCUGAAUCUAUUUCUGGAUCAUCCGAUACAUUUCUUUGCGUUCAUGGUCCUGAAGGUAAAUUGUAUACUGAGGAAGGUCUUCUUAAGAGAAAUCUUCUCAAGGAGUUAGAUCCGAUACCAUUAGAUAGAAAUUGGAACGACAAAUGUCCGCCGGCAAAGGGUUGGGAUAUGGUACGGAUGCCAGAGUUCAUGGUUUUGGAUCCGGUGGUCGACGAACAGAUAGAACGAUUAGAAGCUCAUUUACGUGAUUUUGCAAGGACCACCAGUGGUGGAUUUUUAAUUGACAGCCUGAAUAGCGUUUGCUUGAUAUUGGAUUUUUUAAUCACUAACCUGCCACAGAAGCCACAACUAAGAGAGGGGCUUGCUUUGUUAUUGCGAAAUGUGGAAAGGCCAAUCCUCUUGCUAGUCGCUUCUGAUGUUAUAAAAUAUUUUGAUGCAUUGCAAAACUACUUUGGAUUUUUAGGCUACCUUCUAAUGCAAAUGCAGGAUGACGAUUUAUUUGAUUUGGUAUCGAAAGGAGUGCUCUGGCAAUUAUCAGCACCGGAUUCUCUGCGAGGGCACGGGGCUGCUCAGAUCCGUCAUACGUUGUCUGCUGCAGGACCAUUUCUUUAUGAGACAAUAAUUAGAAUGCUAGCUAUCUCUACUUCUCAUAGAUUUCCAACGUUUCUACAACUAGCUCUUCUACUUGCCUGCGAUUCUGUGGAUAACUGUAUGAUAAUGAUGAGAGAGAACAUAAUUGAAAACAUUUUCUAUCGCUUCAAUCCUUACUUCCCAGAAAGAGCCUUGCCUGAUUAUGACAUAAACCCCUUGAAUCCACAGGAUAUUAACGUAAAACUUGGUGAUAGCACCGUACAUAUGUCGAAUACGCUAUCCUUACUCCUCAUUCUUUUGAAGACUACGUUAGAUUUUUUGAAUAGAAAUCCUAAGCAACGGCUAUUGUUACCAUGCCCUGACAGCUAUGCUCAAAAGUGUUUCGUCUGGGCAUUCCGUUACGAGUGCAGGGCCCGGGAGCACAGGCACGAGAGAAUCACGCUCACUGUCAUCGCUACUGCUCUGUUUAAAUGCUUCAGAGAAAGAUUAACGGCCUGCUCUUCGCUGAUAAUGCUUGAUGUUAUGUCUUUGGCCGUAUUGACAGAGGUUCCACCAAGGCGAGAUUGGACACGUACAGUCAACUUUAACACUAGCCAAUUAGAUGUACAGUUCAAAAAAAUACUAAUUUUUUUCUCUGUUGACUUGAUAAAAUAUUACCCUUACAAUAAAUUUAUGAUCGAAUCCCAGUACUGGCUGUUGGGUUUAAUGUAUAUGAUAGAUCCGGGACUUUCUUGCUUAAGAGCAAAAUGGUCCACAGCUCUUUUUAGCGAACUUCGUAAAACCGCUCUUCAAGCCCUCGUUUGUACAAUCCCUCUGAUGCCGGCCAAAGUUAUAAGACGAUACGGGUUAAUUAUGAGAAUAAUGUGGUACGUUGAAUGGUAUUCAGAAAACCCCUAUGAAUUAUCUGUGUUGUACUGGUGUUUAAGAGUGCUGCAAGUAUCGAUCCAUCACAGGAACUUUGAUACAAGAUUAGAGUCAAUUCAAGAUUUAUUUGAUACGCAUGGAAUUAUAAUUUUAAUGCAUUUGUGUUAUACUCUACUUGAUCAAAAAUCACCACCAGUGGAGAAAAGUCAGGCUAUAAUAGCAUUAUGUCUUCGCCUGCUAACAAGUGCUGUGGAGUUGAACGCUAAAAUAAGUUGUUGCGUGUACCCUGAUAUAAAAUGGCCCAUAACUAUCGGAAAACUGGCCAGAAAAAUGCUCAAUGACAUAUUGUUUGCUUUGGAUAAGCAUUUAAUUAUAAAUGAAAAAUGGAUGAUAGCGUUAUUAAAUUUUAUAUGGGAAGGAAUAGUUUGGAAAAAGGAAUACAGAGAAUUUUUUGUGCUGCAAAAUGGAGUUUAUAAACUUCUCGAUCUUAUGACAUUGACAAGAGCACCCAUUCAGUGUAUUGCUAUGGCUAUCAUAUGUGAUAUUGCAAGGAGUGGAGAAGCUGUGGGUCAGCUUAUCACAUGGAGGGCUAAUAUUGGUGCCUCUAACACAUAUCCCAAUGUUGUGAAACGAGGGUCGACGAUCGCUACACUGCUCGCGGCUAUUUUUCGCGACGAAUGCUUGGCGACCGGCGUUCGCCUUAACGAAUAUGGGGUUUUAGAAGAUUUCGAAUAUCCACUUUUGUCUACGACUCUAAGAAAUAUGUUAGAGGAUCAUUUGGGCAACGAUUCUUCGGUUUGCUACACUGCAGUCGAUAUGGCAGGGUCAAGGAUGUCCAAGGCCUACGCUUUACUACAAUUACUUUCUGAAGACUUAGCGUAUAAAGUAAAUAUCGCAGAUGAAGCCUACAAUCUGUACAAAAACAUUAAAUUGACACCUGAAGAUGAGGCAAUACUUGUGUUGUGCUCACACUAUUUGACCAUUAAAUUGAAUGAAUGUUGGUACGAAACAAAGGUUCGAAGUCAGGGAUACCUGCCGCACGACGAAAGUAUCUUGAGCGAGUUUUUACACACUUGCAAGGGUUGGAUUAAAGAAAUAAAGCAGAUGCAACAAGAUGUCAUUGAAAAAGACAGAAAAAAGGAACAAGAAGACGAAAGUUCUCUAUACGCAUUCCUGGGGCGCGUGCGUUUGAACAUAGCUCUGGAGGCGCUGCGCGAGGUGCGGUGCGUGGCGCGCUCGGCGGACCGCGCGCAGAUGACGCACGCGAUGAUACACGACGCGGUGCGAGCGCAUCACCGCCGGUACACCGCUGCGAAGUCACUGCAAACCGUCGUGUUGAGGACCUAUGGACCUUCGUUAGACGAUCAGAAUAUAACUGGACAAUACGUAAAGGUAUACAGUAUCUACCCCAAGAACAAGCCAAGGCCCAAAGAAGAUUAUUCUUCAGCUUGA